AUGGCGGCGGAGGAAUCGAUGACAAAAACAGAUCCGCAUGUGCAACUAGUAGUGAAGGGGAAAACGCCGAAAGAUUGCGAGAUGAGAAACAGUGUGGACUCUGACACUAGCAUCAAAACAACAAACGCCAAAAUGAACUGCAACAAAUGUUCUGAUGCCAGAUCAGAUUCUGGAGACGACACAAGUAAAAAUCGUUCAAGAGAUGAUGUCAAUAAUGUCAACAAAAAGGCCACUGGCCACAGCAGAAAUAAUAAAAAAAAUGAGACCGAAACUGAAACUUGUCAAAGAGACUCCAGAAAUAACGGAGCUGUAGGAAACAACGACGAUCCUAAUGAACACAACGACAAUAGUGGCAUAAGUUCUGGGAAAUCCUUAGUAUGCCAAACAAGACGUAAUAGCGGCGGAGGAAUUGAUGACAAAAACAGAUCUUCAUUUGCAUCGAGUAGUGAAGGGGGAUAUGCCGAAAAAUUGCCACUUGAGAAAGGGUUUAAUGGAAAAGGCCAUUCGAACAGUUCGGACUGUAAGAUGAACCCGCAAAGUAAUGGUAAACGACACACAGGACAGCACCCAUCAAGAACAUGCGUCAAAAGUAAAUCUGGAGAGCAUCCAGUGGACUCUGACACUAACAUCAAAACAACAAACGCCAAAAUGAACUGCAACAAAAUUUCUGAUGCCAGAUCAGAUUCUGGAGAAGACACAAGUAAACAUAGUUCAAGAGAUGAUGACAAAAAUGUCAACCAAGGGGCCACUGGCCAUAGCAGAAAUGAUAAAAAAGAUGAGACAGAAACUGAAACUAGUCAAAGAGACUCCAAAAAUAACGGAGCUGUAGGAAACAACGACGAUCCUAAUGAAAACAACGGCAAUAGUGGCAUAAGUUUUGGGAACUCCUUAGCAUGGCAAAGUAGACGUGAUAGCGGCGGAGGAAUUGAUGACAAAAACAGAUCUGCAUGUGCAACUAGUAGUAAAGGGGAAAAUGCCGAAAUAUUGCGAGAUGAGAAACAGUUUAAUGGAAUAGGCUAUUCGAACAGUUCGGACUGUAAGAUGAACCCGCAAAGUAUUGGUGAACGACACACAGGACAGCAACCUUCAAGAACCGGUGUCAAAAGUAGAUCUGGAGAGCAACCAGUGGACUCUGACACUAACAUCAAAACAACAAACGGCAAACUGAACCGAAACAAUUCUUCAGGUGAUGGAUCUGACCCUGAAGAAAGUGCAAGGAGAAGGCCUUCAAGUGAUGAUGACAAUACGAUCAAUGAGGGAGCCUCUGACCAAAGAAAUGACGGAAAAGAUGACACAGUAACUAAAUCUUGUCCAGAAGACUCCAAAUAUAACGGACCUAUUGGAAAUGAGUAUCAUCCUACUGGUCAGGACCCUGAGCAAAGCCGUUUGGAUGAAAAACAUACAGAUGCCUCAACAGAACUACAACCAGUGGACCUCGCGACUGAAUCAAUAAAAGUCAUGGGUAAUACCGUAUUUUUGCCUAUGNCUGGGAAAUCCUUUGUAUGGCAAAGAAGACGUGAUAGCGGCGGAGGAAUUGAUGACAAAAACAGAUCUUCAUGUGCAACUAGUAGUGAAGGGGGAUAUGCCGAAAAAUUGCCACUUGAGAAAGAGUUUAAUGGAAAAGGCCAUUCGAACAGUUCGGACUGUAAAAUGAAACUUCAAAGUAAUGGUGAACGACACACAGGACAGCAACCAACAAGAACGUGCGUCAAACGUAAAUCUGGAGAGCAUCCAGUGGACUCUGACACUAACAUCAAAACAACAAACGGCAAAAUGAACUGCAACAAAUCUUCUGAUGCCAGAUCAGAUUCUGGAGAAGACACAAGUAAAAAUCGUUCAAGAGAUGAUGACAAUAAUGUCAACAAAGAGGCCACUGGCCACAGCAGAAAUGAUAAAGAUGAGACAGAAACUGAAACUAGUCAAAGAGACUCCAGAAAUAACGGAGCUGUAGGAAACAACGACGAUCCUAAUGAAAACAACGACAACAGUGGCAUAAGUUCUGGGAAAUCCUUAGUAUGCCAAACAAGACGUAAUAGCGGCGGAGGAAUUGAUGACAAAAACAGAUCUGCAUGUGCAACUAGUAGUGAAGGGGAAAAUGCCGAAAGAUUGCGAGAUGAGAAACAGUUUAAUGGAAAAGGCCAUUCGAACAGUUCGGACUGUAAGAUGAAACCGCAAAGAAAUGGUAAACGACACACAGGACAGCACCCAUCAAGAACAUGCGUCAAAAGUAAAUCUGGGGAGCAUCCAGUGGACUCUGACACUAACAUCAAAACAACAAACGGCAAAAUGAACUGCAACAAAAUUUCUGAUGCCAGAUCAGAUUCUGGAGAAGACACAAUGUCGUUCUAG